UUUUAUUUGUGCUGCUGUUAUUAAGCGCGUGUGUUUAUGUGCUGUUAGAGCUCGAGCGGUGCAGCUGCGCGCUGAUGUCUGAGAAGCAGAGCUUUAGCUGCGGCUAAAUGCUAAUCAUCACAGAGAUGAACAGCACACCUGUGAAUGACAUGGAGAAGAAACUGGCAGAGUAUAAAUGCGACACUAAUGAAGCUGUAUGUCUGAAACUAGUGCGGUUUCCAGAGGAUCUAGGCGAUGAAAGCACAACAUUUCACCCCGAGUACAGUCAUCAGCUGUUUGGAGAUGAUGAAGUGGCGUUUGGCUACAAAGGUCUUCAGAUCCAGCUGUACUACAGUGCAGGGAACCUGAGCUCCCUGUUCAAAGUCAAGUACACAGCCAGGGUCACAGACACGUUUGACUGUGUGGAGCCAGACGAUGUGGAGGGCAAGAUCAGAGAGAUCAUUCCUGCUGGUUUCUGCUGUAACACAGAUGACUUCAUCUCUCUUCUGGAGAAAGAGGCCAACUUCAAACCCUUCGGCAGCCUGCUGCACACCUACAAAGUUCACAAUGUGGAGGCAGGAGAGGAUCUCACCUACCAGAUACACAAGGUGGAUACCUCGUGUCCAGGGUUCAGAGAGUACCAUGAGCGCUUGCAGACAUUUCUCAUGUGGUUCAUCGAGACGGCCAGUUUCAUCGAUGUGGAUGAUGAUCGAUGGGAUUUCUUCCUCGUAUUUGAAAAGUACAAUAAGGAUGGAGAGACCCUCUACGCAACGGUUGGCUACAUGACAGUGUAUAAUUACUACGUAUACCCAGACAAAACCAGACCACGUGUCAGAUAUAACCUCUCGGAGACUGAUGAUAUCAUUGCUUACUCGGAGGACCCGUCUGAAAACUAUGUGAAGCUGAGAGAUUUUGUGCUGGUGAAGCUGUGCUUGACUCUGCCCUCCUUCUCCAGUGAGAAACUCUCUCAGGGCUUCAGUGAAGAGAUGGUGUCUGAGGCCAGAGAGAAACUCAAGAUCAACAAGAAACAUGCACGCCGUGUUUAUGAAAUCCUGCGUCUCAGAAACACAGACAUGAGCGAUGAAGAGAAAGCCAAAGAAUUUCGAUUGGAGGUGAAAAAAAGACUCUAUGGACCCUACAGAAAAAACCAGCGUGAGCUGACUAAGAUGCAGAAGUGUUUGAGGCCAGAGGAGCUGGCGUCCCACAUCAGCCAGAUGGACACGAGACUGCAACACGAGGAGCUGGAGAAAAGCUACCAGGACGUGCUGGCGGAGUAUCGCAGAGUCCUGGAGCGACUGGCUCAGGCCUGAACACACAGAGACUUCUGCAUAGUCCUGGAAAGACUGGCCCAGACACACACACACACACACAAUAUCACACAUACUGUUCUAUUGCAUUGUAC